CCUCCCUGCCAGACCGACACGCGCAGAGAGGUUCCGGAUCCUCGAAACUUCCUCCCCUCCGGCGACACCGCGAUCGCCCUCCCCGGCGACAGCCGCCGCGUCGCUUCUGCUUCCGCCGAAACCGCCUCCCACCUGUUAUCCACUAUAGUUUCUAGUGGUUGGUUCUGGCCUUCUUGACACAAUGGUGAAGCUGACAAUGAUAGCACGUGUCACUGAUGGCCUUCCACUGGCAGAAGGGUUGGAUGAUGGGCGUGAUCAGAAAGAUGCUGAUUUCUACAAGCAGCAAGCAAAACUUCUUUUCAAGAACUUGUCAAAGGGGCAACAUGAAGCUUCACGGAUGUCAAUUGAGACGGGGCCAUACUAUUUCCAUUACAUCAUUGAGGGCCGAGUAUGUUAUCUGACAAUGUGUGAUCGCUCUUAUCCGAAGAAACUUGCAUUCCAGUACCUAGAAGAUCUGAAGAAUGAAUUUGAGAGAGUCAAUGGCAAUCAAAUUGAAACUGCUGCAAGGCCAUAUGCUUUUAUCAAGUUUGAUACAUUCAUCCAGAAGACUAAGAAACUAUAUUUGGAUACUAGAACUCAAAGGAACCUUGCAAAACUGAAUGAUGAGCUCUAUGAGGUGCACCAAAUUAUGACUCGCAAUGUUCAAGAGGUUCUUGGUGUUGGUGAAAAGCUAGAUCAGGUCAGUGAAAUGUCAAGUAGGUUGACAUCUGACACGAGAAUAUACGCAGAUAAGGCAAAGGACCUCAAUCGGCAGGCCUUUAUUCGGAAGUAUGCACCAGUUGCCAUUGUGAUCGGAAUAGUAUUGAUGCUCUUUUGGCUCAAAAACAAGAUAUGGUGAUUGGAAUCGACGAAGGAAGCUGGGGGCCCGUCUUGCAACACUGGAGAAGAACAGAUGAAAAUCAGGUCGAUUCUGGAUCAAGAGAUGCUUUGGUGACUUGUAUCCCGUAUCUGCCCAUUCAAGCGAGUAGUUGAGUUGCCUUUUGCCCCUCCCUACAAGCUAUUCAAGUGAAUUCGUUGAAGUAUAGACCUUAUUAUGAACUUAAUUUUGUGCAUCCUUGGAAAUCGUACAUACAAGAGCUCUGUAGAGCUGACUUUACGACAUCGGGGUUGUAAUUUUUUGGUGGAACUCAAUGUAAGGGUUCAGGCUGAUGAACUGUACUCCCGCACCUCACUACCUAUUAUGCCAUAUUUUACAACA